AAUAAACUGCAGUAGAAAAGCUCCACCUCAAAAGCAGCAACAAUGUUUGCCACACUGAAAAACAAAAUCAAGGAGGAAACUGGCGAGGAUGUGGUCCACUCGGCCAGCCAGCGUUAUCCCAGCAACAACAACAACAACUACCGGCUACGUAGCCGCCGCGUGAGCAUUAAUUCCAACUCGGCUGAUGAUGUGGGCGGUGGCGUAUUCUACAAUGAGUCGGAACAACUGUGCCAGCUGCGUAGUCAAUGUAACGAGCUCACCACCAAGCUGUCCACCGUCACGCAGGGAUUGCAGCAGUUGCAGGAGGAGAAGACGCGCGUGGACAAGACCAACGAGAUCCUGCUGGAGAGCGUGCGGGUGGCCCAGACGCAGAAGGACAUGUACUGCGAGGAGCAGGAGAAGAUCCAGAAUCUGCAGCAGAUCGAGAUUGACAAGCUGAAGAACCUGCUCAGCUUCCGGGAGCAGGAGUCGGUGGAUCGCAUGGGCCACAUGCGCCAGCAGAGCCAGCAAAUCGAGUCCCUGAGCGAGGAGCUGGAGCGCCUGCGUCCCAUCGAAUCCGUGGCCGAAGAUCUGCGUGACGAACUGGAGCAGUUGCGGCACUCCACGCAGCAGGAGAAGAACCUGCUGACCACCACACUGGCGGCGGUGCAGGAGGAGAACCGGCACCUGAAGAAGCGCAUGAAGAUCGUGGAGGAGUCGCGCCUGGAGUCACUGGGCAAGCUGAACUCGGAGCAGCAAGUGCAGGCCCUCAUCCGGGAACACAAGCUGCUGGAGCAGCACCUGGAAGAGGCCCAUCUGCAGCUGUCGGACAUCAAGGGAUCCUGGAGUGGCCAGAACCUGGCGCUCGAAACGCAAGUCAGUCGAUUAUCAAAGCAAGUGGCUGAGGAAACUACCGAGAAGCGAAAGGCCCUCAAAUCCCGCGAUGAUGCCAUCGAAAGCCGCAAGCAGGUCUCGUUCGAACUGGAGAAGGCCAAGGAUGAAGUCAAGCAGCGGGACGACAAGGUCAAGCUGCUGGAGGAGGAAAUCGACGAGCUGAGUGUGGCACUAAAAGAAUGCCGAGAGGAGAACGAGCAGCAGAUCCUCUUUGAGCGCAACAAAUCUCAAAAUCUGGAAGCAGAGGUAAAAGAUCUCAAGACUCGUCUCACGGCGGCCGAUGACCGGUUCACCGAGUACGCCUCGAAUGCCGAGCAGGUGGCCCAAAAGCUGCGCACCCAAGCGACUGACAGGCAGGAGCAGCUGGACGAAACCAUCAUGCAGCUGGAAAUCGAGCGAGAGGAGAAAAUGACUGCAAUACUUCGCAAUGCGGAGAUCGCCCAGAGCGAGGACAUUUUACGGCAGCAGUUGCGCUUGGAGCGCAGCGAAGCCACCGAUCUACAGGAUAGGAAUAAUCAACUGGAGAGGGAUAUAACUGAGGCACGACAAACGCUGCAACAGGUCAGCAGCACAGCCCAAGAUAAUGCUCAAAAGUUGACCGAGUUCGAGGGAGUUCAGUUGGAAAUAAUCGAGAAAAAUAAGACAAUAAAAACCUUGAAUCAGCGAUUGGUUGACCUGAAGAAAACAGUGCAAAAGGAAUUCCGUAGUGCGCAGAUAUCCACGGAUACCGAAUCUCAUCCGACAACGAUCCCUGGCCACAGAAUCUCAAGCUCAUCGCCGGAGGCAUUUACAUCCGGCGACAAGGGCAAUUGCAUCAUAAUGGAUGAGGUUAACUUUCAAUAUUUGAAACAUGUCAUCGUGAAGUUCUUGACCAGCCGCGAGGUGGAAGCACGUCAUCUGGUCCGUGCCGUUUCCACUUUACUCCAACUGACAUCGGAGGAGGAAAAGCUGCUGCAUGACACUCUGAAUUGGAAAAUGAGCUGGUUCGGCAUGAAACCAACUUAAAAAUACCCAGUGCAAUAAAUCAUAUUUGUAUUCUAGUCUGUAGUCAAUUCAUAACGUUCGUGUAUAUGUACAUACCAAUUACAUACGCAGCACUGUGUUAUUUUGUUUACCGACAACAUUCCAUUUUGUUAAAUAGUAUUUAUUUCUACCGUUGUGAUUUUUAUAAUAAACUACCAUUUAUGUAGA